AUUCGAACGGAUGGAGUAUUUUAAACUCACCAGAGACGUGGUUGCUUCAUGUUUUGUUGCCCUUCUGUCAUCAAAUGCCUUUGUUGCUUGCGCGGGUUCCCACGCAGGCCCCCAAGCGGGCUGCCAGCGUAAAUCUCCCACCCGUCGCGCUUCCACAUCGCGACAUCGAACCCCGCUGCGCAGGGCCCCUCCUCGCAUCCUCGAGUCGAAUUACUUCUCCGUCCUUAGAGACGAUGUUCGGAUGAUUCAAUGAACGGUACGAACACUUGCAGGGGACAGCGCAGCGAGCGAUGUAGCCCUGCAGGUACACAGAGCUAGGCUCUGAGGAGGGAAGUCCCCUCGAGUGGUACAAGAUGGCGGCAAGAGGAGGAUUCACACAAAUACUGUUCGUUGUUGUGGUGGCACGGUAGGGCUGACAGAUACCGUCACUGGUCAGACGCCUUUCUUCACGCACAGAGUGGUUGGAGUGAAGGUCAACAAGAUGCGCCCAGCAAAAUGGACCUUGCUGCAGUCGUUACUGCAACUAGGUGAUUAUACCAGGAGGCUGGCGUUGUCGAAUGAAUAACCGUGGAAAGGCAAAGGGGCGGUUAGUUGUAUAGGGAAAGGGAUGCUGGACGAGGAUGGAUGAUUCUCUCUGAGGUGUUCACUUCCCCGACCGCAUCCCUCGUCCGUCACCACGACCCUUCGUACCCCCUUCAGGGUAUGCUAUUCCGUCUUUUCGGUAACCAACCACUAACUCCAUGGAAACCAACGAUGAAAAUGGCGAUUUUGAUAUGCGAAAUAUCUUUAAUUUCUGGGAUUCUCAGAAUUCACCACAACUGGCAAGAACUGCUUCGAGCUCCGGAGUCGAUGCAACACCCCCUUCCUGAUCCCGCCUCGCCCAGUACGGCAUCGAAUGUCACACCACGAGCGUUGAGCCUGCGGCAGCAGCCGAACAAGAGACUGACGUUCAUUAAAGAGGAGGACUGGGACCCGGAGAAAACAUACGAUGAAGAUCCCCCGAUCUGCCUCCGCUACUCGAUUAAGUGGACGGUGACGGUGAAGCGCGAAACACUGAACCGCAGGCACCUCACCAGUGACACGGAACUUGACGUGGUGUUGGCACCGGGCCAUUACUGGGAGCGUUGCUUGAAAGCCCGUCUCGCGGAUCUGGUGAAACAAAAAUUCAGAGGGAUGUCAGAAGUGCGCCCUGACGACACCAACGUCGUGGUCUCGGUGAAGGAGCGGUCACAGCCGGAUCUCAUCAAGCGUUUCCCUGGUAUCGAUAUCGACUGGAAAGUCGUCCAGACACGGUUGGAGAAAUGGGGUCAAUAUUUCCAGACAGGCAAAAGCCUACUGGUCAAUGUGUCGUUCAACUAUAUUCAGGUAGGUGUCCUGCCAGCCACCAAUGGAAGGACAGGCGACAAGAGGGGACGGACGUCAACCACUCGGGGGAUGCUCAACGAACUAGACGUGCGGGUCGACGCAGAAGAAGCCACUUCCGGGCAGUCGAACUGGCGGAAGGUGUAUGGCCUCAUGCGCUGUCCCGGCUCGCCGUGCCCUUGGGGCCGGUACUGCUGGAUUGAUCCAGUGGGAAAAAAGCAUUAUAGACUACUAACUCAUCACCUUAAAGACUUGGUCAGGUUUGUCGAGCGGCGUGGCAGGCUGGAGACCCAUGAUGACGUCCCACAGUCCAUUCGGCAGCAACUUUACGACGAAGAGAAGAAAAGUUGUGAUCGAAAGUCAGACAAGGUGGCGGGGUCUCCUGGCGGCUCCUCUGCCGUCACUAUCAAUAUACUGUCUGGCCAUGCCCAACAGGCAGCGCCGUCGAGCGGACGGGCACAUUCGAUUGGUCCAGUACAAAUUUGGGACUCGUCGCUGGCUGACGAUCUGGAUAUCGAAGGUCCUCGUGAUGUCGCCGUGAGGGAAUUCUCCGAGUGGCUCCAGGCACGGUACCAGACUCUUCACUCCAAGCGGAAGUCCGAAAAGCCGAGCAAGCAGUGCUGGAUGAGGGAUUCAGUCUAGUGCAGAUCCACAAUGCACGGAAUUCUGACUUUCUUGCCAGCAAGAAGGUGAAACGAGGCAUCGCCGAGAGUUUCAUGAACGACAUUCCGACCUGGAACAAGCGUCGGAAAGCAAAUCACGCAGGAGCUGCAGGCGGCUCCGCAGACGAACAGGUUGAGAACGGCAGAUCGCCUUGCAUCAUGUAACACUAGUUUGAUAGAUGUUAGAGGGUUGGCUUUAUUGUCACUAUGGUAGUAUUGUACAAGUACUAUUUUUGCUUA